UGGCAAAGAUAACAGUUAACUAUUUGUAUUUCCAGAUAAUGCCAUGCACAUCUUCACACACCACCAUCAGACUGUCACGGAAGGGUAUGAAGAGAGUCAGCCAACAUGGUUACGGUGAUCACUAUGUGCAUAUCAAAAUACAAGUACCAAAAUCGUUGUCGAGCAAACAGAAGGCGCUUAUGUACGCGUACGCCGAGCUAGAAGAGGAUACUCCCGGACAAAUACACGGCGUCUCCCUCGACAGAGAUGGUAAAAAAGUGUCGAUAUCCGAACCUCUUGACAUGGUGGAUGCUGUGAAAGAAGCUCUUAAGGAAAAGAAAUCUAUUGAAGGUGCUCCUACUGAGGAAGAAGUGGUUGAGGAAUCUAAGAGAAGCAAGGCGUAGAUAGCUGUGCCUAUUUAGUACUAUAUUUGUGCCGAUUUGAUGGUGAAAGCAUAAUUAUGUAGUUUGUUUUGGUCUUUAUCUAUGAAAUUGACGGUUUUUACCCUUUAUAUAAUUACUAUCGUGAUAUAAAAAUUGAAGUUUACUCACGUGAGUAUACUGAGAAAAACUUAGGUUCGAGUCACGGAGGGGCUCUUCCUCGUGAGCAGUGUGCGCGGUUGCCGCGAUGUCGCGCAGCUUACUGAUUUUUCGUUAGUGUAAUAUUUAUGGAAAAUUGUCCAUUAUGCAGCUUAAGUAAAUGUUGAUACUCAAAUUUGAGUAUCAAGUGGCGUCCUUUUGACUGCCGACGGAAAACAAUUGAAGGCCAAUCAUACGCAAGCGCUGGUCGCCUUUGCUCCCUUUGGGAUUAACACUUUUGAAAUUAAAGAAGUUGCAGCUUUACGAAUAAAAUGAAAAAAAAAAAUACUGUCAAAAUGUUUUUUUAAUCUGUCACGUGUUGGGACUGGGACUCCUUUUAGUCUCUAUUUUUUUUUAUACCACGACGGUGGCAGUCAAUCAUACGGCCCACCUCAUUGUAAGUGGUUACUACAGUUUGCUACAGUUCUUAAAGGAUAAUAAUUAUGUUCUAGAUGGAUGAUACGAAGGUCGCUACGUUUUCAAUAAACAUACUUAGCAAAUAACUAUCCUAUCACCAUCAAAGGCGGUAAAACCUCAUAGCAAAAUGUUCCAAAAGUUAGAUAAUAAAAUUUCCCGCUUCUCUGUCAGAGUUUAUUCUAUAUUUGUUUAUGUAUUUGAAUUAAAAUUACCAAAUGUAAGUACUCAACACACAUUUGUAUGAUUUACUUUCUCUACUGUGAUACAAUGUUGAAUGGAAACAUUUCGCGCUACUGUUAAAAUAAAUAAAAAUAUUUCAAUGUCUGAAAAUUCACGUUUUAAUGGAUAUUUUACAACGUAAUGUAAUCAAAGAAGCUGUACAUAGCCGUUGACUAGUGUGUAGGAAAUGGUAGGUAAAUAAAAUAUAACAAAUUAUUUA